AAGCCUAUAUCUUAAGUUUGGGAGUAUUUUAUUUAAAUGAAGUUUCUAGAUAUCACGCAUUUUUCUGUUGAGUAAAAAGAAAAGUUUUGGAAAAAGCGAGAGAGAAGUCGCUCGCGGGAGUCGCGAGUGAUCGAACUAGCUAGCAGAAGACAAACUAUCAUUCAUCGUUCAUAACAUUCGCUCUGAAGCAUAGAAAUGGGGAAUGUUUUGAACACCGAUGCUGCUGAAAAGCAGGGUCACGUGCUUCCACCUCAUAUGGGGGGAGGUCCAAUGAAUUUGGGUGAUCCAGAUGAUAGAACAUUGCGGAAAGUUGAAAGAGAUAUUCUGAUUUUGAAUUUGUUGAGAAAGAAAAUGCAUGAAGAGAAGUGCCACGCUGAAGCCGAAGUUUUAGACAAAUGUGGUGGGGAGGCAGGUCUUUUGGUUGGUAUCAAAUGUCGUCAAGAGAGAGAUAGCCUCUUGGAUUGUUCAAAGAAAUGGUUUUAUGAUGAAGACUUUCGUCAAGAAUGUGUUGAAGAAUAUUUGAAGCAACGCUCCUAUUAUCGAAGGACAGGAAAACCAGGGUACUUGUACAAAGAGGAGAUAGAUAAUUCUUCUGGAAUUCCUAAUAGUGCUACAAUAUAAAUUUGAUUCAUCUCAUAUCUGUGAUUUUACUGAAGAGCAAGUGUUGUAUAGUAUUUUCUUUUUCUACAUAAGUAAUAAAUUGUCUAUUUAAACA